AUGGCUACAAACCGAGUCCAAAAUCUCAAAGGGAAAGUUGCUCUUGUGACUGGCUCUAGUCGAGGAAUCGGUGCUGCCGCGGUUAUUCGUCUUGCGGAACAUGGUGCCGAUGUUGUGAUAACAUAUUUGUCAUCGACGAAGUUAGCUGAGGAAGUCGCAGAGAAAUGCCGAGCACUUGGAGUGCGUACUCUCGUUAUACAAGGAGAUUUAACUAAACAAGAAGAUGUCGUAAGACUUUUCAAUGAAGUUCUGGAAAAAUUCGGUCGAUUGGAUAUCGUCUUUUCCAAUGCUGGCAUUGAACAUUGGGGAAAGCCGAAUGAAGUUGACGAAGCACAAAUUGAUAAAGUUUUUGAUAUAAAUGUCAAAUCUCAGUUCUUUGUUGCACAACAAGCAUAUAAAUACAUGAACGACAACGGUCGUCUAAUUCUUAUGUCAUCACUUGCUGCUCACCGAGGCAUUCCGGGCCAUAGUAUUUAUGCUGCUUCAAAAGCUGCUGUUCAAGGUAUGGUUCGCUGUUUAGCGUACGAUUUCGGACCACGAAAUAUCACAGUGAACUGCGUUGCACCUGGUGGAAUCAAAACAGAUAUGUAUGCUGAAUCGGCUCCGAACUAUAUUCCUGGCGCGGAUAAAAUGACCGAAGCUGAACUUGAUCGUGCUGUAGGAAAGUGGAGUCCACUUGGUCGACCAGGUAUCACAGAUGACACUAGCGGAAUCAUUGCACUUUUAGCAAGUCCUGACAGCCAAUGGAUCACUGGACAAACAUUGCAAGUUAGUGGUGGUGCUCAAAUGACCUAA